CCGGUUGUCGCACAUGAGUGCGUUUUACGUAGGAGCCAUGUGUUUACACGUUUUCGGGAGUGUUAUCUGACAUCUUUUAUAUUUCCGAAAUAAAAAUGAGUUCUCAGAAAGGCAAUGUAUCUCGAACACGUGCUCAGAAGCACAAGAACACGACUGUCUUUAAAAACGAUAAAUACGGUGCCACCCUGCAACAGAAGAAAGCAAAUGAGAAGGUCCAUAAUGGAUUAUGUCAGCACUGCAAAGGGGUCUUGGAAUGGAAAGUGAAGUACAAUAAAUACAAACCUCUAACACAACAGCGCAAGUGUGUGAAGUGCUCGCAGAAGGCUGUAAAGGAUGCUUACCACAUCAUGUGUAAGCCCUGUGCUCUGAAGUUGGAACUGUGUGCCAAGUGUGGAAAGAAGGAAGAGAUCGUAAUUCCGUUAGCAACACCACAAGAGGAGACUGAUGUCACUGACCAAGCAAGUGAAGGAGGCCAUAAGAAGACUAAAGGAGACAAGGAUGCUGAAGACUUUGAUGACCUUGACAGUGAUUGCGAGCUCUCAGAGGACGGUGUAGACUAGAGGAAAAAGGUGCAGAGCGAGAACAAAUCACAAGCCCACAGUGUUUACGCAGGACUCGUACAUAGAGGUCAGGCCCUGUGCCUGGGAUUCUUCCACUGAAAAGCCGCAAGGGUUUAUGACUUCAGAGAAAGUAAGGUGUACAUAACAUGACAACUGAUCAUGCUCAUUCUCUACAAGUUGCUGAUGAAAUUUUCUGUGUUCUGUAAAAUUCACCAAUUUGUUGUGUAAUUUGCAUUUGAGUAUUUGCCUCCACACUACCUUUGUUAGUUGAGUGGAUGGCCAAAUGAUUAAAACUGCUCUCAUGACAUUAAAACUUUUUCUUCAACA